AUGAACAGCAACAAAGCGGAGAUGGUUGUCACCUACGUAUGGAUGACGUUUUUUGCAUCUAGCAGCUCCCCCUGCGGCCCCUCCCCUUGUUGAGAUUAUAGUUAUACGUUUUGAAAAUGAAAAAGGUGGGAAAGGGAUAGCCGUGGUGGUCUGCCUAGAUGUCAUCGACGCCAUUCAUACAACGAGGAGGAGGUGAAAAUUGGCUUGGAUGGUGAAAUCCUUGGGAAGCGUGGCCAAUUCCAAAAAACCAAGAUGUGCAGUUUUUUCUUGCGUGGUAUGUGUGGUAAAGUUAAGGGUAGUUUUUCAGCACUAUCGUCCCAAAUAGAGCCUUCUCUGUUGAGCCAGUCGGGAAGCCCCCCUUGAUUUAAAGGGAAAAUGAGGGCGGCGCAGGGCACCCCGCUCGACUCGGUAUAGUGAGAAACUACCGCUAAUAAAGGGCAGGAGUGCACGUAUGCCCAUGACGAAG